GACUUAAAUUGAAAAAAAAAUGAACCCCCAAUAAAAUAGGCAUGCAUGAGGCCCCUGUAAAUUAUGAACCGAUGGAGCUUUCUUUCCAUGGCGACAGAAACGGAACAAGAUUCGGAUAUCUUUCUUCCACCCUUUUUCUAACAACAACCACCCUUUCUUCCUAGCAGCUCGAUCAACACCAUUAACAUUUCAAUUUCACAUUUUCUUUUUCAUACAACAAAACAACAUGAAAAUAAAUACUGAAUCAAGAAACCACAAACUUUAAUGGUGAUGAUCGUUUUCAGCUUGCUAGACACGAUUAAACAAAACCCAGAAGUUGUUUUUUCAAGAGGGUGUUAGGAUUAUUUUGUAACAAUGGAGGGACAUGAAGACCUAUCGGCAUUGGAGUUUUCUGUGGUGUCAAUGAUCGAAGAAGUUCUUACGGUUCAUGGGAAUGAAUUGACCGAUGUUCAUACGUCAACAAAGGCUGAAUCAAAAAUCUCAACAAAAAGAAAUGAAGCUACAAGAUGGUUGCGAAAGUCUGUAGGUGUGGUGGCUGCAAAAGAUCUGCCAGCUGAACCUUCGGAACAUAACUUUAGAAUGGGACUAAGAAGUGGGCUUAUCCUUUGCUGUGCGCUUAACAAGACUGAACCCGGUGCUGUUCCUAAACUUGUGGGAAUACCUGCGGAUUCUGUUACUAUACCUGAUGGACCACCUCUAUCGUCAUCCCCGUACUAUGAAAAUAUCACGAAUUUUCUGUUAGCCAUUGAAGAAAGGGGACUUCCAACUUUUGAAGGUUCUGAUCUAGAACAGGGUGGGAGGUUAUCUAGAGUUGUGAACAGUGUACUAGCCUUGAAAGCGUAUAGUGACUGGAAAAAGGCAGGCGCGCAUGGGACAUUUAGGUAUAUAGGGAACCGAAAACCGUCUUCAAAAAGGAAACAAAUGGUUUGUAAGUCACUGGAUUUGAAUGCAUGUUGUAAUUUGUGGAAAAAAUGCGAAGAAAAGCCUAUUCACACGCGUGCUCGUGAUCUUCUUUCGGGUCAUAAGCCACGAGAUAUUCCUAUUAUUGUUGAGAUUGUGUUAAGCAAACUCACAGAAUCUUAUGAACGAAAAUUAGCCGCCCACAAAGAAAAGAUAAAGAUUGCUCUUAAAACAGCUCCUCCUGUAAAGAAGGAACCGAUCCCUCCUCCUGAGAUAAAGGCAUCCCCUAGGAAUAUAUUUCAAGAGAUGGAAUCCAAGUCAAAAGCAUCGUUCAAGAAAGAUGAGUUUCCAAAGAAGGAAGAAAAUACGACCGCAGAGACCAAAGGAAAGGAAGAAAGAAAGUCCUUUAGCAGCAUAAUGAACGAGAUGAGAAAGAAAGCAACCACGGAUACUGAUAAACCUUCUAUCGAUACAAACAAGAUAGAAAAGAAUGUACCCGCAGAUACCAUGAAGCCCACUAGUGAUGUAACCAGCGCGAUAAAAAAGAACGUUAUCACCGAUUCCAUGAAGCCCACUAGUGAUACAGACAACACGGUAAAAAAGAAUGUAAUCACAGAUACCAUAAAGUCCACUAGUGAUGUAGGUAACAAGACAAACGAGAAAGCAACCACAAAAGCCGUUGAUUCUGUUAGUGUUACCGCUGAUGUAAAUAACAAGACGGUAGAGGAUACAACCGUGGAUUCUGUUGUUGAUGAUUCGGAUGAUGACGAGGAAGAUGAUAUAGUCAUUAGUGACGAUGAUGAUGCUGACUUGGAAGCGGAGAUAGUCUUGGAUGUCGUUGAUGAUGUGGAAGAGGAUCCUGCUAGUGAGGAGGAGGAGGAGGAGGAGGAGGAAGAAGAAGCAACCGCUGAGGACGAUGUGAGCGGUGAUGUAUACGGUGAGCUGGAAAAGAAGAAAAAGAUGGAAAAAAAAUUAGAACUAAAGGAUAAAGAGAUAGAAAAAGCAAAAGAAGCGGAGAAGCAGAAAGAGAUGGAAAGACAAGCGGAAAUGGAAAAGAAGAGAGAGAUUAGAAAGAAGAGAGAGAUGGAACGGAAAAUGGAAAUGGAACGGAAAGCGGCCGAAGACGCAAAGGAAGAGAAAUACUACAAUUGGGUCAGCGACGAAAGCGAGCGAUUAAAACGCAGUAUCGCAAAGCAGCAAAGUAUGGUUGACCGCCAACAUAAAGACAUACAAGCGUUGAAAAACAUAUUUUCUGCUGCAAAAGCAGAUGUAGAGCUACUGAGGACAAACUAUCAAGAGGAGGUCAAUAAUUUGGUUAAACACUUGACGACUUUGGCGCAAGCAGCAUCAGGGUACCGUAAAGUGGUGGAUGAAAACCGAAAGUUAUAUAAUCUAGUGCAGGACCUAAAAGGAAGUAUAAGGGUGUACUGCCGACUGAGACCUGCUUUUGGAACGGUAAAAAAACCGAGCUGUGUGGAUUGCAUUGAUGAGACGAAUAUGGCAGUCAUCAUACCUGGAAAAGGCGGAAAAGACACCCGCAAAAAUUUCACUUUUAAUAGAGUUUUUAAUGCAGCUGCAACUCAAUCUUUGGUAUACGUAGACACCCAACCGUUGAUCCGUUCUGUCCUUGAUGGAUACAAUGUUUGCAUAUUUGCAUAUGGUCAAACAGGAUCAGGGAAAACUUUCACAAUGACUGGACCUGAUGUCUUUACAACAGAAACCAUGGGAGUUAACUACCGAUCACUAAAUGAUUUGUUCGAUAUCCAACAGCAGAGGGCGAAUAUGAUCGCCUAUGAAGUUUGUGUUCAGAUGCUUGAAAUUUACAAUGAAAUGGUCAGGGAUCUCCUUAGUGCAGAUGGUGCUAGCAAGAAAUUAGAAAUACGACUGGGUACACAAGAUGGAAUAAAUGUACCCGAUGCAGCUCUUAUACCUGUUUCGAAAACAGAAGAUGUUAUACGCUUGAUGAACCUUGGUCACAAAAACCGUGCUGUAGGUUCUACUGCAAUGAACCAACGUAGCAGUCGUUCUCACAGUUGCCUUACGGUUCACGUCAGUGGAAAAGACUUGACAUCCGGUUCAAUUGUUCGAGGUUGUAUGCAUUUGGUUGAUCUUGCUGGAAGUGAAAGAGCUGACAAAACCGAGGCUACGGGUGAUCGAUUAAAGGAAGCAACAUUUAUAAAUAAAUCGCUUUCUGCUUUAGGAGACGUUAUAGCUUCUCUUGCCCAAAAAAGCACACACGUUCCUUAUAGGAAUAGUAAACUCACCCUGUUGCUCCAAGAUGCUCUUGGAGGGCAGGCCAAGACACUGAUGUUUAUCCAUGUAAGUCCUGAUCCGGAUACAGUUGGGGAAACGAUUAGCACGCUUAAAUUUGCGGAACGCGUGUCUACGGUUGAGCUCGGGGCUGCUAAAUCUAACAAAGAUGACAUAGAUCUGAGGCAGUUGAAAGAACAGGUGGCUUCUCUUAAGGCGGCAUUAUCCAAAGAAGGAGGAGGAGAUAUACCGACGGAUAGUGGUAAUCUAGACGGAGGUGAUGAUGAUGAUGAUAAUGCAAGUGAGUGUUCCGAGGCUGACUCACAGCCACAGAAAGCUGCUAAUGGUGGUGCAGCGUCAAAGAAGGCUGGUGCAGCAGCAGGAAAGAGCGCACCUAGCAAGGCUAGUCCAGCGGCACCUGCAAAAAAGGCUGCUGGCAGUUCACCUGCUACAAAGGGAAAGGCAUCUGCUGCUGAUACUAAGAAAAAAGCUGGAAAGUAAGUUUUUUUUUUUUCGGUUUUAUGGUGGAUGCAAUUUCUACCAAGGAAGAACUUUGUGGCAUUUAUCUCUUCAAAUCUUUCACCGGAAGGACGUGUAGAGAGAGAUGAGGAGUGUUUUUCAUCUGGAAGUGAAUUUUUGAUUUUAUACGAGUGACGGGUCUAUAGUUUUUAUUGUUUAUACAUAGAGAUAGAGUUAUUGAUUCUGUAUAUGGUGAUACUGGGAAUCAGUUUGAUGUAUAGAAAAGUUGAUUCUGUAUAGAUCACAUGGUUGGAUCACGUUUCUUACGUUC